GAGGUUAUGUCAAAUUUUUAAGAUAUUCAACUGUCAUUACAGUUUGACAACAGAUUUAGGAACGUACACCUCAAAAUUACCGUGAUUAUUAAUACAUAUUUUAAAUUAGUUUAGAUAUAGAGUAUGAUAAUGCAAUUAGCAAGUAUUUCCGAUCAAGUGCAGUGCUACGACUGGCCGAAAUCGAGUCUGAGUAAAACAUAUCGGCCGCUAUCACGCGCAUGGCCGAAAAUCCGCAGCGCAUCAUGGGCAAACACCUCCGAAUGGAUGUGUCUGGUGACAUCCGAGAAUCAUAUAGAUAUCAUAUCAUUCCGCGACGCAAAGAGUAAAUUCCUGCAUGAAAUCGUCGACGUUCCCGAUGUACGUUAUGCGACAUUCAAAAGUCUCAACAAACGCGAUCUGGCAAUCGCCAGCGGUGAUACCAUCAUGAUCUACGACAUGAAACGUUGUUUUGUGAGGAAACAACUUGGCCCGACGCAUGAUCACAGUGAUUAUUUCAAGAUUAUGUUUGAUGCACGUGAUUCUUUCUUAUGCGCAGCGUCGAAGAACAAUCAAAUUAGUGUAUAUGAUGCGAAAGGUCUGCAGACGAUUUUCUACGCGUCAAACACUGGAAAUUUACGGAAUUUCUCCAUAAAUGAUCAAUAUGGAUUAAAAAUCGCUGCGUGUACAAACAGCGGUGCUUGUAUCUUGUGGGAAUUGGAAGGUAUCACGAAUAUUUACAGCGAACCAUCGAAAUGUCAAAUUUGUGACCUUGUCUAUCGAGAUAAUUCAAUUCUAUACAUAACAGAGAGUAAAAAGUGUAUUUUAAGAGAUUAUUACAAUACGUCCACAAUCAGUAUCAUCAACUUGGAUUAUUAUCCGAAAUGUGUUGAUAUGUGUAUUGAUUCAAUAGGAUUAGCAAUACUGGCAGAUGAUGGUUCUAUCUACGCGUAUGACGUGCGGAAUUUAUCGCAUCAUUUCAAUAAGAUACCCAAACAAGAUGGCGACACUGUCACGCAGAUUCUAUUCAAUAAACAUAGCCAUAGUGAUGUUACAUGCGCACCUUCCAACGUUAAUAACUAUUCCACUGCGGAUGAACUUGAAAUUGUCUACGAAUAUAAAUCAAUGUUGAAUUCAGAUGUUUCUGCGUCUACGAUUCACGGACCUAAUACCACACAGUAUAAUGUGAUGAAUAUCAAAGUGGAGAAUUUGCCUACGGUGAGUGAAAUUGAAGAAAACCAGAUUAUCGGCCCGAUUUGUUGUAAUGGUGAUGAUACACUGGCAGAAUGCACAUCGGUGCAUGUAGCACAAAAUGGUGCUGUUACAGAGGUCAUUCGGGAGACUGUCAAGGACGAAAUGGCGUCUGCUAUUACCGAUUUAAAGCGACAAGUGCAAAAAGUUGUGCAUGAUGAAACCAAGUCAAAUUUUUACGAAUUACGAAUGGCGUUAGUGAAAGAAUUUAUUAAACUGCAAGAAAUCUUGGAUCGUCUGCAACCGCAUCGGAAUCUAGUCAAAAACGACGGUGAUAAGUGUGAUAAUAUCAAAAUGGAGAAUAAUUGUUGAUUUGUGAAAUUUUUUUGUUUGUAUCCGAAACAUGUAACCAGUAAAAUGUUAAUCUCAA